UAAUAGAAGUAAACACUUCUUCUAUAAACUGUGGUAAUAAGAGGAAAUAAUAAAAACAAAACGUAUUAAACCGUUAAUAAACAAAGGUUUCAGAAAUCAGGCCUUUAAAAAAAAAGUUGAAUAUAAGUUACUGUUCUGAUAUUAAAAUGUUGGGUUAUUUUAAUCAAUUAAGUGAAUCAUACUUAUUUAUAUUGCUAUAAACUAUACUGUAGCACGUUAUUUAUAUAUUACAGUUGUUGUCAUAAUGCAUAAUGAACACGUACAAGUAAAUAUGCAAAAGUAUAAUAAAAGUACUACGGAUCAGAUAUCAUACAGUUUAUUCCUCUGUAAAAUCAUAAUAAUUGCAGCAUUUGGAGGAGCGGAAACAAGCGCAGGAAAACUUUUGGUUGGCCAUCUUCUUUUACGCCACAUGUAAACAUCGGUCUGUCUGUGACGUCAUCAACGAGAACUCCGGGAGCAUUUCAGCCCCACGUGAGGUACGUUACUGCAUCUCCUUCAGAGUCUACUUUAUACUUUACUUGAGUAUUUACUCCUCAACUAGCUUCGCUAAUGCUAACAGUGAAGCUAAGGCUGGAGCUUCGCUCUUCUGUCCGUGACGUCAUGAAGAAGAAGAGGUGACCUUCCUCCCGUGGAGCUGCUGCCGGGAUGUCUCUGAGGCUGCUGUCCGUGGAGCCCUCGGACCGGGGCACCCAGAGGUGCCGGCUGGGCCCGGGCCUGAUGUCCGCGCUGGGCCUGCGGCUGGGCUCCCCGCUGCUGGUGUCGGUGCCCGGGGGCCGCUGCCUGUGCGCCGCCUGGCCGCGGGCGGACCGGGCGGAGGGCUUCUUGCAGGUGGACCUGAAGUGUUGCUCUCCCGGUCUGCUCCCUCCUGCUCGUCUCCUUCUGGGCCCGGGCCAGGGCCCGGACCCGGGCCAGGGUCUGGACCCGGGCCAGGGCCCGGACCAGGGUCUGGACCCGGGCCAGCUCCGGCCUGUGCGCUGCCCCCGGCUGAAGGCCGUGAGGGUCCUCGUGGUGAUGCACAGCGCUGCCUUCAGGAGCCGCGCUCCUCCCGGCCUCCUGCACGAGCUGCUGAAGGAGCUGCUGCGAGGCGUGCUCGUGCACGAGCACCACGUGGUGCAGCUGCUCCACGCGCAGGUCACGUGCGUCGUGGUGGAGAGCCUCGGGCCGGAGGCUGCCGGACUCGUCGGCUCCAGGACCAGCGUGGAGGUCGUGGGGGUCCAGACGCUGCAGCGCUACAGGAGUCAGCGGCGGCCCCCCGAGGCCCCCAUGGGGGGCCUGGAGGAGGCCGGCGCCUCCCUGAGGGAGAUGCUGCGGCUGCCCCGGCUCUACCCCCGCACCCUGGGCGCUCUGGGCCUGGCGUGCCCCCGGGGGGUGCUCCUCGUGGGGCCCCCCGGGGUGGGCAAGACCCUGCUGGUCCGCCGGCUGGUGGGCGAGGUGGGAGCCAGCCUGGUGGCGGUCCGAGGGCCCGAGGUGGUGGGCUCGCGGCCCGGCGAGAGCGAGGAGCGGCUGCGCGGCGUGUUCCGGCGUGCGCGCUCUGCGGCCGAAGACGGGCCGUGCGUUCUGUUCCUGGACGAGCUGGACUCGCUGUGCCCGCGGAGGACCGGCUCGGCGGCGCCGGAGAGCCGGCUGGUGGCCCAGCUGCUCGCCCUGAUGGACGGGCUCCGGCAGGCGGACCGCUUCCUCGUCGUCGGCGCCACCAACCGGCCGGACGCCGUGGACGCGGCGCUGCGCCGGCCGGGCAGAUUUGACCGAGAGGUCAUCAUCGGGGCCCCCACCGCGCAGCAGAGGAGCGCCAUCCUGUCGGCGCUGUGCGCCCCGAUGCCCGUGUGUCCCGCGGUGGACGUGGCCGAGCUGGCCCGGAGGACGGCCGGCUACGUGGGGGCGGACCUCGGCGCCCUGUGCAGAGAGGCCGCCAUGCUCGCCAUACGAGGACGCGCUCAGGGUUCAGGCCGGCGGGCGGUCGGCGUGGAGCACUUCCUCGGGGCCCUGCGGGCCGUGCGGCCCUCCUGCCUGCGCGGCAGCCUGGGCCGGACGGAGCUGAGCCCCGCCUCCUGGGAGCAGAUCGGAGGCCUGGACGAGGUCAAGCUGCGACUCCGACAGAGCCUGGAGUGGCCGCUGCUGCACCCCGAGGCCUUCGUGCGCCUGGGCCUGCGGCGGCCGCGCGGCGUGCUGCUCUACGGACCUCCGGGCUGCGCCAAGACCACGCUCGUCAAGGCCGCCGCCGGCUCCGCCCACUGCGCCUUCCUGUCCGUCGGCGGCGCCGACCUCUACUCUCCGUACGUGGGGGACUCCGAGAAGGCUUUGGCGCAGCUGUUCCGACAGGCCCGGGCCUGCGCCCCCUGCAUCCUGUUCCUGGAUGAGAUCGACUCUCUGAUUGGCUCGCGGUCAGGCGGCCAGACGCCCAGCAGCGUGCAGACGCGCCUCCUGUCGGUGCUCCUGAACGAGAUGGACGGGGUCGGCCUGAAGACGCUGGAGAGGAGAGCGGAGGAGGAGGAGCAGACGGACCGCCAGGACGUCUGCAGCCGGGGCGUGAUGCUGGUCGCCGCCACGAACCGGCCGGACUGCUUAGACCACGCCCUCCUCCGACCCGGCAGGCUGGACCACAUCAUCUACGUCCCGCCCCCGGACCGCCAGCCGUGUGUCCAGGCCCGUGUCUGCAUCCUGAAGCUGACCACCAGGUCGAUGCCCGUGGCUGCCGACGUGCGUCUGGAGCAGCUGGCUGCGCAGACGGAGCUCUACUCCGGAGCCGACCUGGAGAAGCUCUGCAAAGAGGCGGCGCUGCUGGCGCUGCAGGAGGACAUGGAGGCGUCCAGCAUCAAGCAUGCAGACUUCCUCCGCGCCCUCGGCUUCAUGAGCCCCUCCCUCACGGCCCAGCAGGUCGCAGCCUAUCACACGCCUCCCAUGUGACCACCGAGCCUGUCAAAUAAAAUAAGUCAAAGUUCA